CAUGCGGCUGUACAAGCUGAAGAAGCGCUACCGCGACGUGUUCGGCACGCUGGUGCUGCUGACGCCGCUCAUGUCGUCGGCGGGCUGCGUGAUGCUGGUCAUGUACUACUUCUUCGCCAUCGUGGGCAUGGAGCUGUUCGCGGGCGCCGAGCUCCGGAACUGCUGCGUGAACACGACGGUGGAGGACUUUUACAAGUUCUCGUCCAACAGCUCGACGGCGCUGGGCUACUACUACCUCAACAACUUCGAGAACCUGCUCACAAGCGGCGUGACUCUGUUCGAGCUGACGGUCGUCAACAACUGGUUCAUCCUCAUGAACGCGUACGCCAUUGUCGUGGGCCCGUUUAGCAGGAUCUACUUCAUGGUGUUCUACCUGUUCACGAUGGUGGUGCUGACCAUCGUGGUGGCGAGCGUGCUGGAGGCCUUCCGCUUCCGCAUCCAGUACAAGCGCAGCACCAGCAAGCGGGACGAGGAGAAGCUGCUGCACGAGGAGGUGCACACGAGCUGGGAGGAGGCGCAGCGGCUGGGCGCGGCCGGCGCGCUGGCCGACGCGCUGCGCGCGCACCUGCCGCCCGGGAUGCAGGUGACGUUCGUGGGCACGCGGCCGCGCACCAAGGAGGUGCUGCAGCGCCGCAUGUACCAGAGCGACAUCCUCAAGUGGCUGGCCGAGGACGACGACAGCGAGGACACGCCAUCCGCGCUGGCGGCCGACGAGCCUCCCGCGCCCGACGCUCCCGCCGGCCAGCAGUUGUAGGCCGCCGGGCUGGCGCCGCCGGGCUGCGUCGACGUGCAUCGGCCGACCGUCCGGUUCUGUCCAAAACUGAAAAUAGACUAGCCUACUUCAAAACGAGUUAUGAAAAGCAACUAAGAGUAGCCAGUGCGUUUGCACGUAGGAAGUGCCUCGCUGCGCACGGACGAGUCCUCGAGCGAUGGGUGGGGGGCCGCUGCGGGAGACUACGAGUCUCAGUACUGCAGUAGUCCCACGACGCGGCCGAAGCACGCGUUGCGCAUUAGCUACGUCAGAACUAGCAACGUCAUUAGCUCCAGUAAUAAAAUGUAGUGCGGCCGCUACAAAUAAAAACAAUGUCACAUAUUCGUAACACCGAGGCGGGUACGGUGUGCGAGCUUGGUUGUAUCCGUUAGUGCUCUGGCGGGCCAGCAUGACGCGAAAUGUGUGUGUGUUCAAUAUUCCCGCAACGUCUGUCGCUCGAAAGUGCAGAGUAGGUACCGUUACUAUAAUAUCUGCAUAGUCGCAAAUUCCGUUUUUUUAUUUACAAAUAUUCUGCCAAUGCCCUAGCUGUAGUAUUGUGGCCAAAUUUGAGCUUCAAAGGAAUUAAGUAAGUAGGUAGCGUUUACUCUGACGCUAUAGCGUGUCGAAACUGAAAAGCGCCUUCUCAAAAGCAAAUCUUGUACUAAGGGUACCUACAUUUGACGAACGCGUUACAACCAGGUAUUGCAGCGCGUUCAAUCAAAUGUAUGCACACAGAUUCAAGAAACUCAAAAUGAAAAGAAACUCAAAAAUUUGUGACGAAUUUUUAUAGAAGAAUUAGAAACAAUAAGUAUUGUAGAGAUUUUAAUAGAUAAGAACAUAUAGAUAAGUAUUUUGAUUACGUUAAGUUUGAUAUUCAUAGGGAGAAUGCGAAUAUAUAAUUUUGCUUAUUUCUACUGUGAGGGUAUUAUGAUUAACUGUGAUACGGUACCGAUGCGGCUGAGUAUUUAUUCGUGUGGGCAGCUAAGCUUUAUUUAUGUUUGACCUUUGCCUUGUAUUUUAGGAGAAUCCUAUUUAGAGAAAUGGCAUCAGUAAGAUUCACUUUGCUCCAGACGCGUCGGAGGGCGGCAGUCGCAGUUAAAACUCGUUGCCGGCAUUCGCUGGUGCAGUAGCCCCAGUUUAAGAUUUGCUCGCUCCCAUAGAGGAGUCGCUUGGCAUAUCAAACUGUAUCUUAAAUGUGAAAUGGACCUAAUAUCUCUAAUUUAAGAUUCGCAAAUUCUGUAUUUCUGUUGUUGUUUUACAAACGCUCUGUCAGCAGCACGAGCUAAUAAUUAUAGGCUUUGAGCUUUAAGGAAACAGCUAUUUCCAUUUUAUUUCGUCGUUCAAGUAAGAGCAAAUCUUGUAGUAAGGCUACAGUGAUUGCCUCGAGUCGGCCCGCUCGGCCGAACGGUUGGCCAAGCAGGCAAUUGUCCACAAAUGGGACAUUAAUUCUAAAAUGUUUACGGUUAUUAAUACUUAGUCCCAGUUCGCAGAUGCCUGUGAGUACCGGCUCGUUAUGUAAGCAUUUAUUAGCAAAGUGCUGGGUCGCAUUUAGUCGCUUGCAGCUAAUGAACAAUCGGAUCGUAGAAUUAUUGACACCAACAAACUAUCGCACGAAAGUUGACAGUAAAAGUCUGGCGCGUUACCUUCAUUGUUGUAGAUACCAAGAUUAAUACGAUAAAAAGUUUGUAGUUCGACAGGCGAGCUACG